CUAUAGGUAUCGGGUUUCAAACAGGGUUGUCUUUCAGCUGCACACGAAUAACACGAACAACAGACCGACUUGACCGAGGACAAUGUACUCUGUAUGUUACUGGGCUUGCCUGCUGGGCGUGCUGGGUGGUAUGGUAAAAUCCCAGACAGUGUGGGACGUGAUGGCCUUUCCCGACCCUCGAUACGAACCCACGAGAUGUGGACGUCACUCUGACGUCACGGAAUCCUGGAUCUGUGACCCAAACAACAUCAUUUCAUCGGAUGACGCGGCGGCAAUCGACGCCCUGUUGAAGACGACAGAAAGAGUGACAACUUGUAGCUGCCAGAAAUGUCGAAUAGAAAACACUGGCUAUGUCAUUAUGGUGGCACUGAUGCCAGAGAUGAGACGAAUCAUGAACACCUCCAACACCUUGGGCGGUAUACUGCAGGACGCUCGCGUUUACGCUUACUACCUGUCGCAGUACUGGGGCUUUACUUCCUGUGGCGAGACAAUCAUCAUCCUUUACGACCAGAACCAUGACGUUGUGUUCACACUGACUCAGAGAGACGCAAGACAACUACUCACAGACAGCAUGGUCGUUGACAUCACCUUACAAAACCGACGUUUUUUUGACACGAGAGAAAAGUCUGAAAUAGCACAGGGUCUCAAAAACAUCAUCCAAAAUUAUCAGAACGUUCUCCAAUCCGGAACAAGGAACUGAACUCUUUCGUCAUCCUACAUGCACUGCUACUUUCUAAUUAACACACCACCUUAUUUGGGAAAAUUCAUGUCUGGUAUUCCUACUGAAGAUCUUUAACUAACAUUUAGAUUUUUGAAUAUAGUUUCAACAUGUUCGGGGUCAAAUCUGGUUUCACUACUUCAGGAACAAGAAUUUCUUUCCUAUAUUAUUUUGAACAAACAUUUUUUCUUAAUUAGAUUCUGAUCAAAUAUUGUUGGUCCUGCGCCGAUUUAGAGCACGUGAUUAAAUUAUGAAAAAAAAUUGUUUUGUGUCUAUUUAGGUCACGUGAUCGAAUCAAGACAGGAAGAAUUUGUCGUGUGCUUAUUUAGGUCACGUGAUAAGAAGAAUUUGUCGUGUGCUUAUUGAAGGUCACGUGAAGAAUUUGUCCGGUGCCGAUUUAGAUCACGUGAUUAAACAAUGACAAGAAGAAUUUGUUUGGAGCCGAUUUAGAUCACUUGAUUAAAUGACGACAUAAAGACUUUGUCUAGUUCCUAUUUAGGUCACGUGGUUGAAUCAAGACAGCAAUAAUAAAGUGUUCUUGUCUUUUGUUCACCGUUACAUACGAUAUAAUGAUAACAAAAAUG